UGCCCAUUGCCCUGCCCUCUAUAGACAGUGCCCUGCCCAUUGCCCUGCCCUCUCUAGACAGUGCCCUGCCCAUUGCCCUGCCCUCUCUAGACAAUGCCCUGCCCUCUCUAGACAAUGCCCUGCCCACUCCCCUGCCCUCUCCGCCAUGAGGGAGGCAGGCUGAGGGCGUGCUGGGCGCAGUUCUGAUCACGUGGACAAAACAAGGAAGCGACUCGAAACCGCGGUGUCAGAGUCGAGUCCACACACGCGCAGAGUACUCACAGAGGGCAGUACUCACAGAGAGCAGUACUCACAAAGAGCAGUACUCACAGAGAGGAUUACUCACAGAGAGGAGUACUCACAGAGAGCAGUACUCACAGAGAGGAUUACUCACAGAGAGGAUUACUCACAGAGAGGAGUACUCACAGAGAGCAGUACUCACAGAGGGCAGUACUCACAGAGAGGAGUACUCACAGAGAGGAGUACUCACAGAGGGCAGUACUCACAGAGGGCAGUACUCACAGAGAGCAGUACUCACAGAGAGGAGUACUCACAGAGAGCAGUACUCACAGAGAGCAGUACUCACAGAGAGGAUUACUCACAGAGGGCAGUACUCACAGAGGGCAGUACUCACAGAGAGCAGUACUCACAGAGAGCAGUACUCACAGAGAGGAGUACUCACAGAGAGCAGUACUCACAGAGAGCAGUACUCACAGAGAGGAGUACUCACAUAGAGCAGUACUCACAGAGGGCAGUUCUCACAGAGGGCAGUACUCACAGAGAGCAGUACUCACAGAGGGCAGUACUCACAGAGGGCAGUACUCACAGAGAGGAGCACUCACAGAGAGGAGCACUCACAGAGAGGAGCACUCACAGAGAGGAGUACUCACAGAGGGCAGUACUCACAGAGUCCACAUUGAGCCGUGGGGCCGUAGGGAGCUCGCUCAGAGAAGGCAGUCAGUCAGUCGGGCGUGGUGGUGGUGGUGGUUCAUGGUUUGAUCCCGGGGCUGUUAGCCCUGGUUCGGCUGGUUCCCGUCAUGGAGGACGAAUCUGGACUCCAGGAGAUCUCCUGGUACCACGGGGAGCUGAGCAGGCACCAAGCGGAAGCUCUGCUCAUGUCCAACGGGGCGCUGGGCAGCUACCUCCUGCGCAAGAGCCGCGAGUCGGGGCAGCUCGCCGUGUCCGUCAAGUGCCAGGACUCCGUGAAGCACUUCCUGGUGAAGUGCAGCGAGGGGAAGAUCAAAUUCGGCUUCAGCGAGUUCCAGUCCCUGCCGGAGCUCCUGGCGCACUUCUCCCAGAAGCCGCUCGUGGGCAGCGAGACCGGGACACUGGUGUUGCUGCACCUGCCGUACCCACGCCAGGUGUCGGAGCCGCAGACGUACGAGUCGGUGCGCAUCCACACGGCGCUGCACGGCGAGCCCGAGGUCCUGGAGCCGCACGCCGAUUCGUUGGCAACGAAGGAAGGCUUCCUUACCAAGCAAGGCUUCAUCAUCAAGAACUGGAAGCUGCGAUGGUUCACGGUGUUCAGGCACGAGAUGAAGUACUACAGGGAGCCCAAGGACGCUGAAGCGAUCAAGACGCUGGAUCUCACGAAGUGCAGCGCAGUGCAGUACGACUACACGCAGGACAGGACCAACGUGUUCUGCCUCGUGUUUCCCGAGAGGACCUACUUCAUGUACGCCGACUCGCCACGGGAGACGGACGAGUGGGUGAGGCUGCUGCGCUGGAAGCUGAGCCACAUCAACCAGGAUGGAUGCAAGACGAGAUUCCUGCUGGCGAGCUAGCGCAGGGUGCGACGGUGCGCAUCGUUCGCGGGGCGUGAGCCACCCGCACGCACGCACACACGCACGCACGCGUACACAUCUAUGCGUCUGUACGUGCGUAGAAACGACAAUACGCGAAAGUGUGCUCCCUGGAUGAUGAGAGCACACUUAAAAAAACGCGAACGUGUGUGCAUAUUCUUUGGGACUUUCGGUAAAGUCACGUAGAUAGGUUCAAAGAAAAUAACAAAAACUACGACGCUUGGGUCGCUACACAAGCACUGCUCCUUGAAUGGCAUCGAUAAUUAAUCUCACUUUGCUUUUGUAUUUACAACCUUUGUGAGUCCACCGUUGGAUAAAGGCUUCGGCGUGCCAUGUCGGUCACGUGUUGAACUUUCGCACACCGCGCAUAGCCACCUGUACGGGUCACGAGGGUUGUUUGACCGUACUUCUGCAUUCCACUCAGUACGGAUUGGUGAACAAGGGCAAGGUGUUAUACUAAAUUAUACUUUUUUUUUACCAGGUAAGGCCCACUGACCUAUAUCGCUCUGUUUCAGAAGCGACCUGGCCACAAACGAUAGCUCAGUGAAGCGGCUUGUCACGUUUGAAAUGCAUUGCCGCCGCAUACUCUAAACGCGUGAUGUUGAUUCUCAAUGUGGAGGGAGAAACCAGAGGACCCGGAGGAAAUGUCACGUGGCCACGGGCAGAGAGAGACGUGCAGACUCCACAGAUACAGCGGCAGGCGUCAGGGUCGGGAUCGAACCCACGACCAAGGAGUGUUCCAGUUAUCACUUCCUGCCGACGGGAAAUUCACUCGGGUCGCUGGGCUCAAGAGUGGAUUGUUGUAGUAAUAAUAACAAUAAUACGGCAAACAUAAUGACGGUAGCGUAAGUCAGCAUUGCAUUGCCAGGGGGUGCCGUUCAUUUGUCCGUGCAUGCCUUGCCCGUGUUUAUAUGUACGUGUGUACGUUGAACUUCUUUCGCACGGUACGUAGCCACCCAUGCUAAUCGAAGGUGCGGGGGAGGGACAACAAACUAAACACAAAAAGCAGUUCCUAAAUAAAAGCGUUUUCAAUCUAGAUUACUUCAAAGUGCAUGGUCGCUCCAGUGGCUUCCUAAUAUUGGAAGGAAGAGCGUUCCAGACGACCAAAGACGCGCGUCUGAAAAUGCGCGAUGGAGUGACCGUCAAAUAUUCUGUCAGUCCGUCUGUGAACACUUUUUAACGACAAAUACAAACUCCUAAACCCGGUCGUUAUUAAGCUCGCCACACGGUGUGACACAGGGGGCUCACCGGUGGUUGUGGCUGUGGAUCGGAUCACCACCGGUGUCCGGGGCUCUUGGCGCGAAUGCGCCAGCCACCGUGUCAACGCUCGACCGCACGGGAGCGUUAUCCGCCGGUAUUCCAAGACGAGCUCUACUCUUGUGCGCGUGAGCUUCUUCCGCGCCGUACGUAGCCGACCACGCCAGCCCCAGGCGGGUGCGCUUGGCCACCAUUCUGACCGCGACCGCGGCUGUCAAAACCACGCCGGGGAAGUCCGUCCGUCGCGGCGAUUUGCAACGGCGCUCGGCUCGUUUACUGCCGGCAGUGGCUCGGAGAGUCCGCGACGCGUCUCCUGCGGAGCGCUCUGCUGCAACUGCUGGCCCACGGGCCCGCAGCUCGAGCACGGUUGGCCACGUGCGGUGCCAAACAAGCUCCGACGCUCGUGCGUUGCCGAUCGCCCUGCCGCACGGCGGUAGAAAGGAAGAGGCGUUCGCUGGGUUUUAAUUUUAAGGUUUGAGGCCUGCGCACAGGGGCACUUUGUAGAGCGGUUGUGUAUUCUUGGUUCUUUCGGUAAAGUCACGCAGAAGGGAAACAGUAAAAUAAUAAAAAUAUAAAACAAUUUGAAUAUGAAUCCCUGCAGUCACGAAAGCUUGAAAUCAAAAGAGCGGUUGUAUGUUCACCACGUACAGUGAAUGCUGCCCGCAACUCGUCCCGCCCAAUGGAAUGACAAGGACGUUGUAAAAUUCGCUUCUGUGUAAUGCUGACCGUUUGUCGAGUUGGAUUUCCUUUGCACAGUUUUCGUAUUAUUACAUCCCUUGACUUCCUGCCCUUUAUUCUGACUUCCUGGACCUUUCGCUUGAAGACGCUUGGCGCAGUUUCAAGCGAAAUCGUCAUCGUAUUUCACCGCUUCUCAUUCUGCUUCUGAGAAUUGUUCCUCACCUUUUACCGGCAACUGAGCCGAAAACAAUAAUAAUAAUAAUUUGUGAGCUCUUUUGACAAUGUUUUAUUUGGUUGGCUGCGUCGGCAGGUGGUGGAGGGUGUUUACGACACAAAUCGUUAAAUUGCCGAACCCAAAACAAUUAUUAUUACGAACUGUUUGGUCUCACUCACAUUAUCUCAUUAACCCCCAAUUCCUGCCUUCCUUUGUUCUACAUCAAACAGAUGACCAGGGCCCACUGAGGUUGCGAGAUUCAAGGGAGACCCGGGUUUACUCGCCAAAUUCAGCAAUGAAGGUUACAUUUCGAGUAUUACAGAGAUCGUCAAAAAAAACACAUUUAAUGUGCGCAUUCACAGCCCGUUUGUGAGGGUUCUCCCCCCCCCCACCCACCUCACACCUGGAGGGGAUGAGACUGAGGAUUGGAAGAUAGAUGAUGUCACACGUCAGAGAUUAUAAUUAGUUGCGAGGGAGAAGAGUGAAGGAUGUGGAGGAUGAGAGGGUGUGGUGAGGGCACCGCUGUCCCAAGCUGACCGCGCUUCGUUUCCGCUACCUUGAAUGAAAAAAAAAGCCCAAUCAUUUAUUUGCUCGAGUGGUUUAGAGCCCUAAUCCAGUGCUGGAAAUUCCACAUUUGUAUGGCGGGGACAAGUUUAGCCUCAUGAAGGCAACGACUAGGAUUUGAACUCUGGGCCUUUGAGCCACUGUGUGGACAUAGAGUGGGGGGUUGGGGGGGUGGGGUAUGGACUAGUGGUCUACUGGACAUCUGUGAAAACGAGCUUUAAAGCUCAUCAUCAAUAAAUGUUCUGAUUCUGAUAAGGCUGAGAGAUGUUGUACACCCAGCGCACGACGACAGUCGACCUCAGAAAGGUGCCGUUCAUUUCAUCUGCCUCGGAACGAUGAUGGGCCGAGUUGGACCCGCGAGCGGGAUUUGACCUCGCGACCUUUGAGACCACGGCCGCUCGCUCUGUCGCUAUGGAGCGGACGGCGCGCGGCGCGGGUGACGUUAAAAAGUGCACGGUUCGAUAUUUAUGCGUUUUAUUUUUAAGAGAUCGCGUUCAGUUUUGCGGUGUGCGUUUGAAUUGCAGUGUUCAGAAUGUGAGAUUUUUAUUAAUAAGCUAUACCCAUUGCGCAUGUUUUUAGUUUUGCCGCCAUGGGAAAAAAAUCUCCCGUGCUACUCCAAUUAAAUAAGCUGUAAGCCCCGGGCGUUCUACACAUUUGAAGAAAGUGAGUCGUGUAGAAUAUAAGAAUGUGAUGCUCAGCUGUAUGUACGUUGAACGUCUCUCGCAGCGUGUGUAGCCGUACCGCACCAGUCGGAGGUGCCGGGGCAAGGAAACACAAACAUUGUAUGCGACGCGGUGAGAAAAUUAGUGCGUGUCGGAGGAGAGGUCACGUGACCCUCGGUGUCCACCAAGGUGCCUCCGGUGAGAGUUGUCCCGCUGAGCCACGGCGUGCCGUGGACGCUUCAUUCCUGCAUAACAACAAAGUACCAUCUUGACGGACUGAAGCUUUUCGUUUGAAAGAUAUUUAUUGGCAAACUGCCUCGGGUGCAGUAUUUAUUUUUUUAAGGCCGCGUUUUGUGUACGGCGACGCCAGUUUUUUGUAUCGCGGUGGCUCUAAGUAAUUGGGUUGCAGUUAAAGUGGAAGGCUCGGAGUCGCGAGUGAUUUUAUGGCGGAAGAAAUCACUUUUGACUUUUUGAUAAGGAAAUAGCUCAACAUCCCAAUGCAGGACCGACCUGCAAAAAGAGUUCUGAGACUCGUUGGGGCUUUCCGGAAUAAAUUGCAUUAUUGUUUCGAUUUAAAGCUUUCGUGACUGCAAUGAUUCAUCUUCUUUGGUUCUUUCGGUAAAGUCACGUAGAAUGAGAAUAAAAUAAUAAAUUGA